CGCAACAGCGAUACAUACCCGAUGUGCCUCGCCGGUCUCUGUGCCUUCAUGUCAGGGGACAAGGUGAUUGCCAACAAUCGACACACACACAAACCCAGCUUCCACAACAACUUCGAACAGGCCGAUGCGGCCAUCAUCCGCACCAUCGCCUACUAUGCUACUACCCUCGCUCUCAUUCACUGUCACAAGCGAAAGCUGACCUUCACAAACCCGGAUCCCAAUGGCAGCCUCAUUGGAAAUCUGCUGUUGAUGAUGGGCAAGACAAACAAGGAGACUGGUGUUGGUCCCGAUCCCGAGAUUCAGGCGUGCCUUGAGAAGCUCUGGAUCUGCUACGCAGACCAUGAGAUGACCAACUCUACCGCCGGCCUUCUCCAUGCUGGCUCCACUCUUGCCGAUCCAGGCUCUUGCGCCAUUUCCGCUCUGGUAUGCGGAUUUGGUCCCCUUCAUGGAGGCGCCAUCGAUCUUGCUUAUGAAGCACUGGGCAAGAUCAAGCACCCCAGUUUUGUCCCUGCUUACAUUGAAAUGGUCAAGUCCAAGAAGGCUCGUCUGUUCGGCUACGGUCACCGCAUCUACCGCACCCGCGACCCCCGCCUUUCCCUCAUUGAGGAACUUAUUGAGAAGAACAGGGAGAAGUGUGACGCCAACCCUCUGCUCAGGGUUGCCUUUGCCAUCGACAAGCUGGCCAAUGAGGACGAGUACUUUGUGAGCAGGAAGCUCAAGGCGAAUGCCGAUCUGUUGGGAUGCUUCUUGUACUCUGCUCUGGGCUUCGAGACCGACAUGAUCACGGCCAUCAUCACUCUAUCGCGAAUUCCCGGUGGUCUCGCACACUGGAGAGAGACCUUGGACAAACCCAUUAAGAUUUGGCGUCCCCGUCAGAUCUACACUGGCGACAGAACUGAUGAUGUUGACGCUCCAGGAAGGCAAUCUUUAUCCUCCAACGAGGGCCCCUUGAAGGAGAAGCACGGCAUCCAGGUCCGUGAACUUAACUCUGGCAAGAGCAACAAGAUUCCCCUCAAGGUUAAAGCUAUCCUUUGGGCCAAGAGCUGCUUUUCCUAG